AGCAAAUUGAAGCAAACAGAGAUGCAAUCCAGGCGAGAGAAUGAUUUCUCAAAACAGUCCAAAAAGAACGCCAACUACUCCAAACCCAGAAAGAUAACGAACAACGUGAAUAUUGGGAGCAUAUGCAAGAGAUGCUGGAGGACUUUAAUAAGGCUAUGGAACAACAAGAAGAGAUGGAUGAAAUUGUUGUUCUAGAAGAGGACGAAGAAUCUGAGACAGAAUCUGAAACUGAAUCUAACAAUGUCUCAAUUCUUGAAUACCCACAAACUCCAUCACCACUGUAUAUCGAAAACAAGAUAACACUUGCAGAAAUGAUUGCACGAGGUACAGUGUUGAUGCUUCCUGAAAUCCCAACUAGUCAAAUCGUACAAGAUGUGAAGCCUACCGAGGGUCCUGUCUCGGAAACGCCUUCACCCGUUGCACCAGAAACGUUGGAGGAACCUGUCCUCCUAACAUGUGUUGAAGACACUUCUCCAGAGGAACCUGUUCUGGGGAAAUUAGAGCCCAUCACCAACCCUUUUGAUCAUGUAGACUCAGGGGAAGGACAUGUUGUAAUCAUUGAGCCACCAACAGAAAGUCAGCCCAUUGAAGACUUGGAAAGUCAGAUCCUGGCACUGAAAGCCAAUGAUGUGGAUACACUGAGGAGACGCCCACCACCACCCAUUCAAGUCGAGUCUCCUCCUUUUUUCCUGUUGCCACCAAGCCGCAGGAAUGAGUCAAAGAUCCUGGACUUUGACUACAAAAGAACAGAACAAAGGUGGCAUCAAAAGAGAGUCAAAAAGGUCAAACUUUAUGACUCUCGGAUCG